AUGGCAGAUCGAUCUCAAACUUCUACAGUUGGCGUUGUGUUUCUUUGUUCGUGUUCUGAUCGCAGUGUGCUGGCAGGUACAGAUGUUACCUAUGUAAAUGGUGAUAUCAGACUGACGGGUCAUGGCGAGGCCCGUCACUAUGGCAGGGUUGAGGUGUUUAUGGAAGGCCAAUGGGGCUUGGUGUGCAGAGAUAGAUGGGACCUCGCCGAUACCGAUGUCUUAUGCAGACAACUCGGAUACCCGGCUGCCCUAGCGUUCUUCGUACCAGAUAUUUUACCAGAGAGCUCGAACCUAACCUUCCUACUAAGUGAUUUUAACUGCAACGGCGAUGAGCAAAGCCUUCUCGAAUGUGACCACUCAGGACUUGACGACUGGAUUUUCUGCUUCAGAUUCGACGUGACUGGAGUUAUAUGCGAUGCACCAGGGUACCCCGAAGGUCAAUUGGAGCUGUUCGGUUUCAAUAUCGACUAUGCGGGAAUUAUUAAGAUGCAGAUUGCUGGAGUUUGGGGCUCGUUCUGUGCAAAUGAUUGGAGUAUUAACGAAGCAACUGUGGUCUGCAGGCAGCUUGGAUAUCCUAUGGCACUCGUGUCUAUGACCAGGAGCCAAUAUGAAAACGAUACAUCGUCAUAUGAUGGUACUGAGCAUUUUCAGUUCGCACCGCAAUGCCAAGGCAACGAAACCAGACUCAUCGACUGUUCUUUUAAGAAUAUUUUUCCCCAGUGCAGCAUUUUCAAGACGUCAGGUGUUGUAUGCAGUACAAAUGACACUGGUGAUGCGAAGCCGACUAUAGACAUCCGACUCGUUGACGGUCAAACCGAGCAAUCGGGCCGAGUCGAGAUCAACGUAGGAGGUUUGUGGGGGUCGAUAUGCGAUAACGACUGGGACAUGGCAGACGCCAUGGUCAUUUGCAGACACUUCGGUUGGAAAGCAUCAAGAGCUGUGCCCGAAGCAAACUUCCUGCAGGGAAGUGGGCCAAUUCUUUUGGAUAGACUGGGAUGCUUUGGGAACGAGUCUUCAAUCUUAGAUUGCGAACAUCAAGGUCUAGGCAUCAAUAUCUGUCAGCACUAUCAAGACGCGAGUGUUAUCUGCACACCAAAUGAAACUACAUACGAUUUCCGUUUGGUUCCGACCCAAGAAACCAAUUCGUCCGGUCGACUCGAGUACAUGAUCAGUGGGGUCUGGGGACGCAUCUGCUCGCUAUAUUGGGACGAGUUUGACACGGCAGUUGCCUGCCGUCACUUUGGCUUUAAGUCCGGCUAUGCGGUAGAGUGGGGCACGGUGUUUCUGCCGGAGUUACCGGUGAUGCAUCAUGUGGCAGUCCUUGUAGACUACUUGACGUGUAACGGGACAGAGACAUCACUGUUUGAUUGUGGAAAAGUGGAAGACAACAUUUACUGUGAAAAUGAAGAGGACAUUGGCGUCAUCUGUAGUGCAUCGGACACACCACCACCAUGGCCGCUACGUCUGGUAGGCGGACCUAACAAUGCCUCCGGAACAUUGGAGGCGAAGGUGAAUUCAGUCUGGUUCACAAUCUGCCAUCAAGGUUGGGAUAUCCGCGAUGCAAACGUCGCUUGCAGGCAGCUCGGAUUUCAAGGAGCAUCCGGAGCGAUGUGGAACGCUGCAUUUGGCCCCGGAUCCGGCCGGAUAUUGCUGAAUGAGGUCAAUUGCAAAGGUGACGAAAGCAAUUUGCUAGACUGCAACCUCGGUGUUAUUGGAAACAACCUUUUCACCUGUGGACAGAACGAAGACGCUGGUGUUAUUUGCUCAUCAAGCAUAGGUUCAAGCGCAACGUCCUUGCGACUCGUCAACGGAUCCACAGAUGGUUCGUCUGGACGACUUGAGAUCAACAUAGAGGGCGUGUGGGGAACAGUUUGUAGCAAUUCUUGGGAUAUGGAAGAUGCGCGGGUCGUGUGCAGGCAGCUGGGUUACCCGUCCGCUGUCAGGGCUACCAGGGAUGCUAGUUUCGGUGAGGGCAGUGGAUUUGUACUUCUGAAUGAAGUACAGUGUUCCGGUCAGGAGAAACAUCUACUCGAAUGCCCUCAGAGUGAUCCGGGAGCUAACAGAUGCAGGCACCGUUCGGACGCUGGCGUGGUGUGUACGUCAACAGUGCGGUUGGAGAACGGUGACGCGGAUUCCAACGGCCGUGUUGAGAUCAAAGUGGACGGCGUCUGGGGGACAGUCUGUGACCACGACUGGGACCUCAAAGACGCCGAUGUUGUCUGCAGGGAGAUGGGGUUCCCAUCGGCAGUGUGGGCUCCUAAGGAUGCAUGGUACGGACAGGGUGAUGGUCCCGUACACAAGACCAGACUAGCAUGCACGGGGGACGAGUUGUCACUGACGGAAUGUCCAUUUUCAACCGCGACUGGUGAAGAUUGCCCUCAUGGUCGAGACGCAGGCGUUGUGUGCUCCGCAGAAGAGGAUGGGCUGUCGGCAUCCCAACGAUUAAUACGCCUCAUAGACGGCGAGGAGUCAGCCUCUGGUUUCGUGAACAUGUAUAGCAACGGGAAAUGGUUCUACAUACUGACGGGAUUCGGAGACACAUUCGAUCUAGAGGUGGCUCACAUAGCCUGCAGGCAGGCCGGGUACUCGUCGGCUUUGACGGCCGAGAUACGGGACGUCGACACGGAGAUCCCCUUCGCGUUUAUUACGUGCUCUGAAAACGCCGCAAUACUUCAAGAUUGCCACGUGCAGUUGACGUCACUUCUCACCGCACCAAUGGGAUGGGUGGUCUGCGAGACGAACGUGACUUCGAUUGGAGAAGUCCCAUUUCGUCUUAUAGAGGGAACUACUACCGGGAAUUCCUCGGGUCGCGUGGAGCUUCGAGUCAAUGGCCAGUGGGGCACAGUCUGCCAGGACGACUGGGACAUUUCAGACGCGACUGUCAUUUGUCGACAACUUGGUUUCCAAGCGGCUACGGCCAUCGUGUUAAAUGCCGGGUUCGGUCCAGGGACUGGCCCGAUCUACAUGGACGAUGUUCAGUGUGACGGCAGCGAGUCGUCACUGCUUGACUGCCAGCUUGGACAGCACCUCGGGAGCCACGACUGUUGGCACUCCAAGGAUACGGGUGUCGUUUGCACUGAUGAAGAUGGAAAUGGACAUUACGUGGAGUGCAUGACGAACUGCUCCGAUCCGCUUGUGGUGUACCCAAAUUCCACAUCGUAUCUAGAUAUAUCGGGUAGAUCUUCUAUUCCGGUCGUGUCUGCUGGAGAUUUCAAGCGAUUCUUCACUCUCCAGUACAUUGAUUUAAGCCGAACGAGCAUGCAGACACUCGAAGCUGGCUGUUUCGAUGGGCUGAUAAACCUUUACUCUUUGAGACUUGAUGUCAACGAUAUCUCAACUCUCAACUAUGGUGCAUUCAAUGACAUGAAAUACACUCUGCUGCUAAAUUUGACAAAUAACUCCAUCACAACAAUCGACAAUGGAGCUUUCGAUGGCUUGUCUUCACUUGUUGUCUUGUUCCUCCGGAAUAACAAAAUUACGAGACUGGACCGUUACGGACUCACCGGAAUGCCACGUCUUGCUCAUCUAUUUCUUGAAGGAAACUCUUUUCAAACUCUAGACCAAGAUGCAUUCCAAGAUCUGCCGAACCUCCAGAAGGUAUAUGCAGACGACCGCAGUUUGUGCUGUCUCCUAGCAGAGGGUUCUAGCGCAGAGUGCGUGGUGGCCAAACCCCAGUCGGCGUUCUUCACUUGCAAUCGCUUGCUACCCAAGAAGGUCAUGGUGGGUAUCAUUUGGUUCCAGGCAAUCGCUGCUGUCUUCGGUAACUUGGCGGUGAUUGGCUGGCGUAAAAAACACUUCAAAGAAGGCAGAGGUCAAGUGCAGUCCUUGCUCAUCUUAAACUUAGCUGCAUCCGAUUUCUUAAUGGGAGUCUACCUAAUGAUCAUUGCUGGUGCAGACGUCUUUUACGGUAACGAGUUCUACCUGUUCGCCAGCCAGUGGCGCACGGGGCUUGCCUGCCAAAUAGCCGGCACGCUCUCCAUCCUCUCGAGCGAAGCCUCGGUGUUCUUCAUCACGCUCAUCAGCAUCGACCGCCUGCUUGGUGUAGCUUUCCCCUUCAGCAAGCAUCGCCUCACCGUUCGCUCCACCUACACUGUAGCUUGUUGUCUCUGGUCAUUUGCGUUAGCCCUAAGCUUAGUCAGUAACAUCCUUGCAGCUCUUGGGUACAGUGAGCUAUAUGAUCUCUCCAAUGUAUGUGUGACUUUCCCCCUGUCCAGGCAGCCGGCAAGGUACGUCAUCCAGACGGAGGUGUUACCGAUACCGUACGGCGCUGAGGGCAUUGAGAUCGACCACUUGGUGCAGGACGGUAGCAAGCCUAUUGGUUAUCUCGCCAUUGGUAUCUUCCUUGUCCUGAACCUAAUGAGCUUCUUCGUUGUUGCAGUCUGCUACGUCAUUAUCUUCGUCAAGGCCAGGGGCUCCUCAAGGAAAGCUGGCAGGAAUGUGGAGAUGUCGGAGGAGAUUCGAAUGGCGACCAAGAUGGCCAUACUGGUUGUGACGGAUCUUAUUUGCUGGAUGCCUAUCAUCAUCAUGGGGGUGCUGGCCCAGGCCGGGGCAGUCACCAUCCCGUUGGAGCUUUACGCCUGGGCAGUGGCCGUGUUUCUCCCAAUCAACUCCUCCAUCAACCCCAUCCUCUACACGGUGUUGCAGUACAUGUUAAGCCGCUCUAAGAAGGCCAAAGCGAAGAGAAGCGGAAGCACUGGUGGAAAGAUCAGCACCAUCUCAACAGAUACGAAGAACUCAUCUAUGAGUGUUACUAAGUGAGGGAUUAUAAAACCAGCACUUUGUUUUCAAUUGAGGCUGCAACACAAUUUCAUUUCCUUUCUCCUGAUGACGAGCAGAGUAUACUGUUCGAAACGUCGAGACCAAACCGGCUCUUUUCAGAACCACCACUCACUCGCUUUUGUGUUCCACCACAAUGCACUGUGUUCGUGGUAUUAUUGAUAUAAUAUACAAAUGUAUCGAUAUAUCUGUUAUCCUGCUUGAAAACUAUUUGUGAGUUGUAUCUGGGAUGGCUCAUGUUUUCCCAUGAGGUUUUAACUGUUUUGAGUAACGUAACGUCUUAAGAGUUUAAUUAAAUCACUUUUUGGUUGCACAAAAUCACUAUUAAUAACUCGAAGUUAAGACUUGCAUUCUUAAAGCCACUGGACACCUUUGGUAAUUGUCGAAGACCAGUCUUCUCACCCGGUAUA